CCUGGGUUCCACCGAACCCAGCACGCCUGGGUUCCAUCGAAGCCAGGCAUGUUGGGUUCGCUGCUGGAUGAAGAAGGCAAGGCAGUCGUUGGGUUUUUGCAGGUGGAUGAAGAUGAAGAAGGCAUAGCUGUUGGGUUCGAUUUCGAACCCAGCAAGCAAUCGAACCUAGCAUCAAACCCAGCAGCCGCUGGGUUCCUGCAGUGCUGGGUUCGAUUUCGAACCCAGCAGGCACUAUGUUCAAGCUGGGUUCCUGCAGGUGCUGGGUUUGAUUUUGAACCCAACAGGCAUUGGGUUCCGUUUCUAACCCAUGGAUCUGUUGAGUUUCAUUUGUUUAUUGAUCUGUUCAGUUCCAUUUGUUUCAAACUCAGCAGUCGUUAGGUCGAUGGAUCUGUUGAGUUCGAUCUAUUUAUGGAUUUGUUAUCUGUUGUGUUAUUCUCAUAUUCUUGCAGGUGCUGGAUUCGAUUUCAAACCUAGCAAGCGUUGGGUUUUGUUUCCAACCCAACUGCAAUUGGACCGAAAGAUCUAUUGAUUUCUAUCUGUUGGUUUGUUAUGUUAUUCUCGGAUUUAAUAAUAGGAAAUGUUAGGG